GAGCGGUUAGGUCGCGGGAGCACCACACCUUGGAGAGCUCCCGCGCGCCGCGUGCUCACCUCCCCUCGCAUCGUGGAUCGGCUGCGCCAAUAACAAAUUCCGGUUGAAAUUAAUCAAAUCUCUCCCCCUUUGUACGUGUCAUCGUACGCGUGGGUGCGAGAACCCACCAGCUCACACUCUCUCCUCCUCUUGAAUCGGGGAGGAUCAGAGCCCCCAAAGCGAGCGACUGAGAUUUGGAUUUGAAUUCCGACGGUUAGGGGAGGAAGAGGAGGCCGCCGUCAUGGAGAAGGAGGAGAAGGUGGCGGUGGAGGCUGCCGCGGCGGAGGCGAGGCGACGGAUGGUGAUCGGGGUCGGGUUCUGGGUGCAGGGGUUCCGGCUGUUCCCGUGGCUCGGCGUCAACUUCUUCCUCAAGGACGGCAUGGGCGUCGCCGCCUCCUCGCUGCAGAUCCUUCAGGCCUCAGCCAACCUGCCCAUGGUAGCCAAGCCGCUCCUCGGCCUCCUCUCCGAUGCCGUCCCCAUACGCGGGCACCGGCGCCUGCCCUACGUCGCAAUCGGCGCUCUUUUGCAGGCAAUUUCAUGGUUAGCGAUUGCCCUUUGGCCAGCUAUUUCCCUUCCAGUCCUUACCAUUUUUCUCCUCUUGAGCAACUUUGGUGCUUCCAUAUGUGAGGUUGCCAAUGAUGCCAUAGUAGCAGAGGCUGGGAAGCAAGGGACCUCUUCCUCAGGGUCAGGUCAACUUCAAUCCUUUGCUUGGAUGUUUGGCUCUUCUGCUGGUGCUUUGGGAAACCUCCUUGGUGGCAUUGCUCUCAGUUAUUUUUCUCCCAGAAUCAUGUUUCUGUUUUUUGCAAUCCUUCUCGUGCUCCAGUUCUUCACAACUGUAGCUAUACCUGAGAGCUCUCUCAAACUCCCAAAGGCAGCUACCAACCUAUCAGCACUCACCAGCAUCCGUAAGCAAGUCAAAGAGCUGUCAUGUGCCCUGUGUAUGCCUGAAAUGUUUUGGUCAAUCAUAUGGUUUACAUUAUCGUACACCGUCAUACCUUUUCUACUUGGGACCAUGUUCUUCUAUCAGACUGAAGUGUUAAGACUAGACUCAUCAGUUAUUGGUUUGUCAAAGGUGUUUGGGCAAGUGGCUCUCUUGGCUUGGAGCAUGUCAUACAACAAGUACUUCAAAACAAUAUCUGCCCGUAAGGUCCUGUCAGUUCUGCAGUUUGCCACAGCCCUCAUAAUGUUGUCAGAUGUGUUGUUCGUUCAGGGAAUAUACAGGAAAAUCGGAAUACCAGACUCCAUAUACACAAUUGUCUUCUCUGGGUUGUUCGAGGGUCUUAUGUUUUUCAAGGUGCUGCCCUUUAGUGUUCAUAUUGCAAAACUUUGCCCUGCUGGAUGUGAGGGAUCAGUGAUGGCCUUUGUUAUGUCUGCACUUGCACUUGCCACUAUUGUCAGUGGCUAUCUUGGAGUUGCUCUUGCUGCCUUCAUGGGAGUAUCUGGAGAUGAUUUUUCAGCACUGCCUGCUUGCUUGUUGAUUGAGGCUGCAUGCACAAUGUUGCCAUUGUGUUGCUCAUCAUUGGUCAAAGAGAGAAGAGAAAAGGAGAAGAAGGAAGAAUAGAAUACACAAUAUUACCUGGAGAUGGUGUAAUGGUGACUGUUGGGCUUUACCCUAACGUUUUCGGUGCCAGUUCAAUUCAAUUAAGUGAUCAUAGCCGGCAGGAAGAAAAUAGGAAAGAUUAGGCUCAUCAGAUGCUAAAGCCUCUGAAGCUUCCCCAGAACUAUCGUGUAGAAAAGAGCAGAUAUGUACAUACAAGUGUGCUACUAUUCUUCUACAUAUCAAGUAUUAAUUUUGUAACUAGUUUUCAUACGUUGUUAAAUGUACCUUGGUUUGCAUAUUACAUGUAUUCUACAUGGACAGUUCAAUUUGCAUAUGUUGCGUCAUUACCAAUGCUUGUACCUCUCCCAAAUUGUAUCUAGUGGCCAUACUUGUUGAUGAUUGGUAUCA